GCCUAGCGAUGUGCAACAGAUGAGCGCACUCGCGCGAAUUUUCGAUCAACCAAAUGGCUAUAAUAUGUAUAUGGAAGAGAAGGGAACGGGUGUUAACGGUCUGUGGCGAUGGAGUUGCGCGCGCGGGCUACGGAACUCUCGAUACGGCGUCGCAGUCAGCCAGUCAGUCUGGCCGACGAGCGCCGCCGCCCAGGUGCUUCGCUUCUCCAGCCGUCUGAAAAGUACGCCGUUUAUCGUUGUCGCGAACGGAUCCUCGGUGGGUUCACCUCGGUUUCGUUUGAGUGCUACUGGUGCCGCUGUAAUCUAACGUGCACCUCGUUCGAUUUAAGUCCAAGUUGACAACCAGUUACGAUCAGCAACAGUUCGUUGGCCGAUAAUGGAGUCAAAAGACGAAAAGAAUCUGGCAAAUGACGUGGCAAACCUAAAGGUUAACGAUGGCGAACAACGACCAGGUAGCACGAGUCCUGCAAACAAGGAGGCUGGAGGUGUGGGUACUGGUUCAUUUAUCGCUACUUUCAAGGCCUUCUCCAAAUUCGGUGAUACCAAAAGCGAUGGCAAACAUAUUACCCUCAGUCAAAGUGAUAAAUGGAUGAAGCAAGCAAAGGUUAUCGACGGCAAGAAGAUCACGACAACCGACACCGGCAUUUUCUUCAAAAAACAAAAAGCAAUGAAGCUUAGCAUCGAACAAUACAAAGCUUUCCUUGAAGAUCUGGCCAAGAACAAAAAAAUGGAACUUGCCGAUAUUAAAUCUAAAAUGGCAAACUGUGGACCACCUGGAAUUACAGGACCAUCUGUGGGUGGAAAAGCAGCGUCAGCAGUGGAAAGGCUAACGGACGUGUCGAAGUACACGGGAUCACACAAACAACGCUUCGACGAAACGGGCAAAGGUCGCGGAAUCGCCGGCAGAAAAGACGUGCCAGAUGCAUCAGGAUAUGUGCAAGGCUACCAGAAUAAAGACACCUAUAAAGCCCAGUAAGAAUUAGGCCUGAUUUUCAUCAAUGAUAACUCAAAAAUUUUAACAAGCAAUCACUCGCUGCCCGAACCGCCCCAUCACUUUCGCCUAAGUCGCGGGAUAAUUAAAGGGACCGCGAGUGUGAAAUUGACGGAAAUGUGCGGGCGAGUAAAAAAGUGCACUCAACAAAGUUUGUUUACUAAAUAGCAAUGAUUUUUCUGUUUCAACUCGAUCGCUUAUAGAGCUUAUACGCGCAAAUCGACAAGUCGAUAAGUGUUAGGCAGUAUUGAAAUAGGUGUUCGGUUGGAUGCAGAUACACGUAUUUUUUCUUUUAAUAUAAAUUUCAGCGCAAUAUAUGCGCAUUUUAGCUAUAAUUUUAGCUAUAAUAAAGUUGGUCUUAAGCUGUGAAUGUAUAGGUGUAAAUGAGUGUGACAGGUAACCGAGAAGAAGAUGGAAUUUUAGAGAAAUGGCGAUGUUGUUACAUAUUUAUUUUCUCACUGGAUUCCGAUAUUUUAUAUAGUUUAUAUGAUUUGUUGAAAUGUCUUGUGAAUUGAAGGAGAUCAUAAUAAACAAGCAGUCUUCAUCAGAAUAUUUGUAUAUUUCAAGGCUAUUAUCUUUAAAGAAAUUAAUAUGUGUAAUUUUUUUAUUUUCGAUCUCAAAUCGGAUCAUCAUUUGAUCUUAAUACAUUUUUUUAACUAAAAUGUCUCAGAUGAACUUAUACGUAUCAUAGAUGUAAAAUAAUUUUCUUUAACAAACA